GCGAGAAUGACGCAAGUUUUUCGGCUCAAAGCUUAGUUCAUUUCCCACAAGUUGUGCUGAGAAAUGGGACCUGCUCUUGGAGUGGGGGCUGCGGUGGCUGCGGAAGAGAUCAUUGCCGUCACGGCAGUAGCUGUGCUUGGUGGUUUCUUCGCAGUAGGUGCCGCUUGUGCCUUCGCAGAGGUCAUGCAGAACUGCUCAUGUGGUCCAGCUCCUGACAUUCCACAGGACCAGAGCAGCCCGGAUCAGAUGUUGACCUUCAAGAUCAAAAGCCAGACUGACAUAUCAUCUUUGACUCUUGUGUCUGCUGUGUUGCAUGGCACAACAAUCACGAAUCAGAAGGUUCCCUUCACAUACUCAUUCCUGAUUGGCAAGGGAGGGGCAGAUUGCCGGCCUCGCUACCACGCGGGGAUUUUGAUUGCAGGUGAUUUUGACGCAGAGGGCAGGAAGUACGGCUUUCUCUUUGCGGAACGUUGGACAGAUUGCGUACGGGUGAACCUGUUUGCUAGCAAGAGCCAGGAGCUCCCGCGCAGAAUCGACAUGCACUCGUUCAAGAAGCCAGAGGACUUGAAGAAUAUGGAUAAGACCAACUGCAUCGCUUUCGGAAUGCGUGCAGGAAUUUUGCUGGGCCAAGACGAGCGAGAUCACUUUCUGGCCACAUGCAUGACCGCCAUUGGGGAGUGAGUGAUCACUCUGACAGUAUGUACAAAGAUCAGCUUGAUCCAGCAAAAGGCUCGGCUUUGAUAUGAUGCAGCGCCGAAAACAAAACACUCUGCGUGCGCCUUUCGCACAUUGCAUGUUUAGCCGCAGAGGUAGCUUCAUUGGUUCCGUGAUCAGCUUUAAGUUGCAACGGUGCUGCUAUAAUUAGAAUCUUACUACCGCGUGCCAUCCUUCGAACUACUUUGUCUAUAUGAAAACAGAGGAGCUUGUCCAGUGAACACGGGUGGCCAAAACGCUUUUCUGGUGAAGUGAUGUCGUGUGAAGGAAGGCCUAAAAUUCCGCAAAGAAGUGACAUGGGAUGCCUCAAAAGGACCCACGUUCUGCCAGUUGAGAUGCCUCCCGGCCCCCGCACCGAUCCUUCGGCCUGUGUGCCAUUGUUUUGACGCAAAAAAACGGCGAUUUGGACAGUCCUGGCUGUCAAACUGAGCUGACCGCAUGCAUAUAUGUUGGCAGCGCUCAGCACCUCUUUGAAAACAAAAUGGAGACACCAUGUUGUUUUGAGCGUGCUUGCUGUCGUGGCCCACAUGUUUGUUUUCCAUGUGUGUAUAGUUUCGGCAAGCGGGCGAGACAGGUCCCAUGCAAGCGGCAAAAGAAGCGAGAAAGAUGCAUUUUUUUCGGCUCAAAGUUAAGGCUAUAAUUUCACCAUGUUGAUCAGACCCAUUUUCCACAAGUUGUGCUGAAAAAUUGGACCUGUUUUUGGAGGCUGCGGUGUUUUUGCGGAGGAGAUCAUUGCCGUCACUGCAAGAGCAGUGCUUGCUGGUUUCUUUGAAGUGGAUCGGACCAGCCCGGAUCAGAUGUUGACCUUCAAAAUCGAAAACCAGUCUCACAUAUAACCUUUGACUCCUGUCUCUGCUGUACAACAAUCACGAAUCACAAGAUUCCCUUCACAUAGUCAUUCGUGAUCGGCAAGGGAGAGGCAGAUGGCGGGCGUCGCUACCACGCUGGGAUUUUGAUUUAAGGUGAUUUUGAUGCAGAGGGCAAAAAGUACGGCUUUCUCUUUGCCGAUCAUUGUGUGCGAGUGAAGCUGUUUGCUAGCAAGAGUGAGGCGCUGAUGCACCUGUCAAAGAUCAAAGUGGACGGAAUUCAGUUGACGGAUUGCAAUGAGACUUCUUCUUGCACCUCAAUGACCACCGCCAAUGCUAUGGUCGAGUUUGUUCGCCAGGAGCUCCCACGCAGAAUCGACAUGCACUCGUUCAAGAAGCCAGAGGACUUGAAGAGGAUGGAUAAGACCAACUGCAUCGCUUUCGGAAUGCGUGCAGGAAUUUUGCUGGGCGACAUCCAGUACAAAGAUCAGCUCAAUCCAGCCAAAGGCUCGGCUUUGAUAUGAGGACAUGCGAGGAGACAACAUUUCGAGCAGCGCAGAAAACAUAACACUCCGCGUGCGUCUUUCACACAUUGCAUGUUUAGCUGCAGAGCUAGUUCCAUCGGUUCCGUGACCAACUUUAAGUUGCAACGAUGCUGCUUCAGCUCAUUUACAUUCAUUUACCACAUGAGCCAUCCUUUGAACUACU